AUGGCGCCGAACGAAGCAGCCAACAACCAGGGAGGACAGCGGACUAUAGCGUCCGUUGCACCACCUGCAACAGCAACGCCUACCAAUGAGCAACUCAUGGCGAUGGUGAGCCAGCUCCAGGAGCAGCUUGUCACCCUGAACAACCGCUCAGCACCGGUAGUCAAACCACCAAAGCCUGCAUUCUUUGAAGGAGCUCGAACUCAGCUUCGAAGCUUCCUGACUCAAAUGGAAAUGCAACUUCGUAUUAUUCGCUGCUCCGAGGAAGCAGACAAAGUUAUUUAUGCAUCCACCUACUUGAGGGGACAGGCAUUCAACUGGUUCGAACCCUACAUCCGGGAGUUCAACGAGAAACCAAUGAAAAAAUGGAGCGAUACGACGAAGGACAUCUUCGGGUCUUACGACAAAUUCAAGCAGAAACUCGAACAGACCUUCGGAGACAUCGACGCGGUACGCACAGUAGAAAGAAAGCUCGAUCGACUACGACAAACCGGCUCGGCCAGUAGCUACGCAGCAGAAUUCCAACAAAUCAUCUCGCACCUGGAUAUGGAUGACGACACUUAUAUUUGGCUAUUCGAGCGCGGAUUAAAGGAAGAAGUCAAAGACGAACUCAUGCGAAUUGACAGACCCGAUGAACUAAGCAAACUCAUCGAGGUAGCGGUCAAAUUCGACAACCGACUCUACGAGAGAGCACAGCAACGGCGAGAGAGCAAACAGUGGAAAAGCAAUUCCAGCCGACCGUACCAUCCACGGUCAGGAGCCCGCCGACAGCAGCCUAGAGAGUCGUACAGCGACCCCUACGGACCACAACCUAUGGAGCUCGAUGCAGCAAGACUACCCGACGAAGAACAGAAGCGUCGGAAGGAACAGCGCCUGUGUUUCUCAUGUGGGAAACCAGGAUAUAUGUCACGGGAUUGCCGAAGCAAGAGCAAUCGCCCACAACAGAUUAGAGCUACCCAAGACCGAGGAGCCUAUGACAUCACCGGCCUUAAAAACAAAGGGAAGGCUCAACAACUCCGCGCGACGCAGGAAAUAGCGGAAAGAUACGAUAGCGACGAAUUCGCGGAAAUCGAGUGGACCGACGACGUGUGUGGAAACACGGCCGCGGAAGAACCACAACCCGAGACCCAAGGCCGCGCAGGACGUACGUCUAUGGACGCACGGGCGCUGGCAGCCGCAAGUCAACAGACGGACCAACCAGGACCCACAGCGACAGACGGAGCUACAGUGCCCCGAAGCAACGCUUUCAAAGCUUGGAAGGCCGCACAGACGCCUACAGAAUCUCCCAAGAUCAACAACAAUACCGCGACGAACAGCGAAGAGAGAGUUAGACAACUCUACUGGGAACUACGAGAGAUCUCGAGCCAAGCAAAAGUCAAACAGGAUGAGCUUGAGCGCCGGCUUCAGAAACAGCCGAGACCAGUUAACACGGAAGGAUCAUGCCCGUGCAGAGACGAGCUAUGCGCUUGUAUGGGGUUUAAAAAACACCCACAACAUCGAUAUGCGACAACCAACCAUUGCUACGAGAAGGAUUGCGAAGAGCACAAUUGGAAACGGGCAGCAUUAGCCUACGCUGAGCCAGUACCGAAAUGGAAGAAACUACCAAACUGGAAACCAGCUUUUCAGCAACUUGCAGCAACCAAGUGGGGAGCACACCUCAAAAUCGAAGCAAACAUUCUCUUACAACCAGCUAAAGUGCUGAUUGAUUCAGGAGCAUGUGGAAACUUCAUGGACCCACGCUGCGCACAUCGACUACAGGUGCAGCUACACCAGAAAACAAGAGCAACACCAAUCACAGGGCUCAAUGGAGAAAGCCUGGGACCAGGAAUGACCCACGAAUCUGGGCCAUUACCUAUGAUCAUCGGAAACCAUUUGGAGUCGAUAGAGUUCGACAUCACCAAUCUAGGAGGAUACGAUGUAGUGCUAGGAAUGCCGUGGCUCGAACGCCACAACCCAGCAAUCCAUUGGGGCACCCGACAGAUCGAUUUUGUCAACUGUGAAUGCAAGACGGCGAACCGACAAUGGAGCGGUCGACCAUUACCAAAUCAAGGCACCGGAUCGGGAGCGGGAGCCUAUGAAAGACCACAGGACGAGAAGCCUGAUGUGAUCUUUCGACCCGAGGGCGGGGUCCACAAGACCAAUGACGCGAGCAUCAUCAGGGAGUUAGAGCAACGACCAGACAUGAGCGAUGAUGAACUCAAAGAAUAUGUCAUGGUACACCACGAGAAGUCCCUUUGCGCGACAAAGGAAGGAACACCGGAGCUGCCUCAAGAAUACCAGGAGUUCCAAGACGUGUUCACGGCACCACCAAUCGGCCAGCUACCAGAGCAUGGACCACACGACCAUCAGAUUCCGAUUCAGAAGGGAAAGGAACCAAAACACAUGCCAAUUUACCAUGUUUUGGAAGAAUACCUUGACACGUUCGUUGUCGUAUACUUGGAUGAUAUCCUGGUCUUCUCCAAAACGGAAGAAGAACAUACAGGAUAUGUACGGAAAGUACUAGAAAAGCUUAGAGAAGCUAAAGUGACUCUCAAGCUCAAGAAGUGUGAAUUCUACGUGCAAGAAACCGGGUUUCUUGGGUACAUCAUCAGCAAUAACAGUUUCAGCAUGGAGGAGGAAAAGAUCAGAAGUAUCUUGGAAUGGCCUCAACUUAAAACUGUUAAAGAGGUACAACAAUUCUUGGGACUGUGUAACUAUUACCGAAGAAGCAUAGACGGCUUCGGUAAGAUUGUAGCAGGACUUAACUGGUUAACGAAGAAAGAUCAAGUUUGGGAAUGGGACGAAGCAGCAGACAAAUCAUUCAAGGGACUAAAAGAGUUGUUCCAAGCAAGACCAAUCAUUCAUGCCUUCGAUCCAGAACUACCCGUCACAGUCAAAACAGAUGCGUCAGAUUACGCAAUUGGGGCACGACUCACACAAGAAAUCAUUACCAACGGGAUUGGAGGAUCUAAACCAAUCGCCUUUUGGUCACGAAAGAUGAUACCAGCAGAACUCAAUUACGAUGUUCAUGACAAAGAACUGCUAGCCAUAGUGUCAGCAUUCAAAGUAUGGAGACCGUAUCUAGAAGGAGCAAAACACCAGGUGUUGGUCAAAUCGGACCACAUGAACCUGACAUUCUUCACCACAACAAAAACGCUCACACGACGACAAGCACGCUGGGCCGAGACACUUUCACAAUACGAUUACAGGAUCGAACAUUGCGAAGGAAGAACGAACAGCCAAGCGGAUGCAUUGAGCAGGAGACCUGACUACCAGAUUGGAGUCAAGGACACAGUACCAGCAAUACUGAAGGCAGACGAAAAAGGAAAUCUCGUCUACAAUCAUCAGACACUCGCAGCGACGAAGGCCACCGGAGAUGACCAGCGUCUACAGGAUAUGGUCAACGAAGGGAACAAUGGAAAGGCAAUCCUGGACGAAGGAAUCCUACUCGUCCAUGGAUUAGUAUAUGUUCCACAGAGAAUGCAAGAAGAGAUCAUUCAGCAGCAUCACGACGCACCAAGCAGAGGACACCUAGGGGUGGAAAAAACAGUCGAGCUGAUCACAAGGAACUUUUAUGUACCCAAUGUACACCGAAAAGUCAGGAACUACAUUCAGCAAUGCGACACCUGUCAACGGGACAAGCCCUCACGACACCAACCCUACGGAGGAAUGCAAAACCUGGAAGUACCAACGAAACCAUGGGAAUGGAUCACGAUGGACUUUAUCACCAAACUACCAAUUUCAGACGGACACGACAUGAUCAUGGUUAUUGUCGAUAGGCUAACCAAAUACGCCUACAUGAUUCCGACAACAGAAACCAUUGAUGCGCAACAAAUGGCGAACAUCCUAAUUAGGAAUGUCUUCGCAAACCAUGGAUCGCCAAGAAAGAUCACGUCCGACCGAGAUAAGUUGUUCACGUCAAACAUGUGGCGUUCAUUUGCGGACCAGAUCGGAAUAGAGCACAGACUCUCAACCGCCUACCACCCACAAACCAACGGCCAAACCGAGCGAACAAACCAGACACUGGAACAAUACCUGAGGCACUACGUAAAUUACCAGCAAGAUGACUGGGCAGGAUUGUUGCCAAUCGCACAAUUCGCGUACAACAACGCAAUGCACGCAACAACCAAGGAAUCACCAUUCUUCGCGAAUUAUGGGUAUAAUCCCGCAAUUAUCGGAGAACCAAUCGGUGAUCAUGCUGUGGCAGAAUCAUCACGAAUUCUGGCUGCAAACAUCAAGCAAUUACACGGUCAGAUGGCACGAGAUAUCGACUUCUUCAAUCUACGGAUGAAAAGUCACUACGACAAAAGCCACAAAGAAGGGCCUACGCUUGAAAAGGGGAGAGACGAGAAACUCGACCACCGAAAAUUGGGACCUUUCACGAUCGAAGAAAGGACGGGACCAGUUAACUACCGAUUACGGCUGCCAGAAAGCAUGAAACGAAUGCACCCAGUUUUUCACAUUUCGCUACUAGAAAAAGCACCAGAGAACACGCCAAUCGCUACCAAUGUUGAAAUCGAGGACGCCAGCGAACAAGAAUACGAAGUGGAAGAAAUCCUGGCAGACCGAUGGAAAAACAGUCAGCAACAACUCCUGGUGAAAUGGCAAGGGUACCCUACCGAAGAAAACACAUGGGAACCAAUCAAGAAUUUGAGGGGCUGCCACCGGCUGGUUCAACAAUAUUACCAGAAGGCGAAGAGGACCCCCGAGGGACGGCAGCAAAGAAAGAAUCGAAAUCGACGCCGCUCCAGUCCGCAGACGCAAUCAUCUGCGUCAGACAAGACCAGAAUGCUCUCCAACGGCCGGAGCAGUCUUAGCUUUACGUUCAUUUUCGGAACGAUCGGCAUCGACACGUUCCUUCUCGAGCCGAUCCAGUUCAUCCUUUUCACGACGCUCGAGUUCUUCUAA